GUCAACGCGGAUUGUAACAGCCAGGAUACAAACGUUAAUUGCAACGAUAAACAAAAAAAAUAUUAUCAUCUUCCUAUAACUACAGAUUUGAGCAAGAGGUUGAUCCAGAAACAUUGAAAUUAUUAUUAACAAGGUUUACAUAACAAUAUGUUUCAUGACCAGUUCCGACAUAAUGAAUCAAAUUCUGGUGACAUGUCUAUUACUAAUCCAAGCCUCACUUUCCUGGGCAUCGAAUGGUUGUGUUGAUUUGGAUGGUUUAAAUUUCGAUAAAGUUGUAAAGCGGUUUCAAUAUAGCUUAGUUAAGUUUGAUGUGGCUUUUCCGUAUGGGGACAAACAUGAAGCAUUCACAUAUUUUGCGAAAGAGAAUUCUGAACACCUGGAUCAUCUGCUUUUUGCCCUUGUUGGCAUCAAAGAUUAUGGAGAAAAGGAGAACGCAGAUCUGGGCAAGCGAUUCAAUGUGAAGGAGGCCUUUCCUGACAUAAAACUUUUCAACAAUGAUUCGUUGAAUAAUUUCAUUGACUAUCCAGAGAAUCUUCCUGUGACAGUGUAUAAUCUCAGGGAAUUCAUUAGUAGCAAUACUGAUUUAUACAUUGGCCUACCCGGGUGUUUGAAGGAAAUCGAUGAACUGGCUGCAAAAUUUGCCCUUUCUUCCAACGCAGAGGAGAUGAGCCAAAUACUAUCCCAGAUAGAAAAUUUGGACAGUAUUUACAGCAAUACAGAGAAACUUCACAAAUCUUUUAAUGUUUAUUUAAUGUUAAUGAAAAAAAUCUUGCAGUCUGAAAAGACUGUUCGUGAAUUCAUUACAUCAGAAGAAGCUCGUAUACAGCAUCUAUUGAGCGGCAAGCUAAGCGAGAACAAAAAAGCUGAUCUUAAUUUAAGAUUGAAUAUCAUGAAGUCUUUCAAAACGACGAAACAGCCUACGCAAAAGGGGGUGGUGACAGACGAACUUUAAUGAAUAGUUAUACAUAUACAUCUAUGCUUUUGGACUUAUUUGGAUCAAUAUUUGUUUUACCAUAACUUAUACACACGUUUACCGUUUAUUACUGCCAAUUCCAAAUCUUUACAAUCAAGCGACUUCGCAUGAAUAGCAUACUUUACACGAAUUGUUUGACUUCAAUUAAAAUAAAUCGUAGAAUAAACACAUGAAGGCGCAUGUCUUCGAAACGUAAAAGUAUGCGAAUCUCUUUUUUUCCAAAAUAUAUAUUUUAUUAAGGCACACAUAUGGCGUUAGCCUAACGGGGCCGGGAGUUCAAUAUUUUGACAAUUUUUGUUUUACGACUAUGUUAGUAAUAUGUAACCGAUUACUCGCGGUUGGUUCGAGGUUAGUAUUACAAAGAUUCUCAUAAUUAGGAUGUUGCAAAUCACUUGUUUUAUUUGAUUUAUUAUUGAAAAAAUACCAGUGCUGUAUAGGAAACACAAAGAAGUCAAACGUGAGAUUUCAAUCUUUCAUCGAAGACGCAUUUAAAACAUUCCAGUUUGUAAGACAAGAGUAGUGAAUCAACCUGUGCUUAAUUUUUAUAUUUAAGAGGCUUCAAACUGUAAUAAUAUAUAC